CAGUCCCUCUCUCUCUCUCUCUAUCUCUCUCUCUCUCUCUCAGUCUGUCUCUCUCCUCACAUGCAGAAGAAUUGCUCUCCAUGAGUCGCUCCGCUUCACUCACGGCUGGAUUUGUGCGUUUAUGAUUCUCCUCAAACUGCUCGUUUUCUAAGGCUUGAUUUUUGAGGCAGGAGAGAAAAUGGCUCAAAGCGCGCUGCUUUUUUUAUUAUGGCUAUUCGGCACAUCCCUCGCUGGCUUCCCUAAUCAGAUCAAUAUCGGUGGGCUCUUCAUGCGUUCCACCGUGCAAGAACACAGUGCUUUCAGAUUCGCUGUGCAGCUCUACAACACCAACCAGAACACGACAGAAAAACCCUUCCAUCUCAAUUACAACGUAGAUAACCUGGAGUCCUCCAACAGUUUCUCUGUCACUCAUGCAUUUUGUUCGCAGUUCUCCAGAGGGGUAUAUGCCAUCUUCGGCUUCUAUGACAAGAAGUCCAUGAACACGCUGACCUCCUUCUGCGGGGCCCUCCACACCUCCUUCGUCACACCCAGCUACCCCAUCGACUCAGACGUGCAGUUUGUCAUCCAGAUGCGCCCUCCACUGAAGGGCACCAUCCUGAGUCUACUGUCUCACUACAAGUGGGACAAGUUUGUCUACCUCUAUGACACAGACAGAGGAUUUUCCAUUCUUCAAGCCAUUAUGGAGGCUGCAGUGGCAAACAACUGGCAAGUUACAGCGCGGUCAGUGGGCAGCAUCACGGACCCCCAGGAGUUCCGCCGCAUUAUUGAGGAAAUGGACAGGAGACAGGAGAAGCGCUUCCUCAUCGACUGUGAAGUGGACAGAAUCAAUGUCAUCUUGGAGCAGGUUGUGGCACUCGGAAAGAACAGUAGAGGCUACCAUUAUGUUAUUGCCAAUCUGGGCUUCACCAACAUCAGCCUGGACAAGGUCUUUCUCGGUGGAGCGAACAUUAGUGGCUUCCAGAUAAUCAAUCCUGAAAACUCAGUUGUACAACAGUUUCUCCAGAGAUGGGACCGUCUAGAUGAAAGAGAGUUUCCUGAAGCUAGAAACACACCUCUGAAGUACACUUCAGCGCUGUCUUAUGAUGCUAUCCUGGUCAUUGCGGAGGCGUUCCGGUACCUGCGACGCCAGCGAGUAGAUGUGUCCAGACGAGGCAGUGCAGGUGAUUGCCUGGCUAACCCUGCAGUCCCUUGGAGCCAAGGCAUCGACAUUGAACGAGCUCUCAAAAUGGUCCAGGUGCAAGGGAUGACUGGUAAUAUCCAGUUUGACAGCUUUGGUCGCAGAUCAAACUACAGUAUUGAUGUUUAUGAAAUGAAAACAGGUGGCCCAAGAAAAAUCGGAUACUGGAACGAGUUUGAGCGCUUUGUUAAUAUAAUGGAUCAGCAGUACAGCAACGAUUCCUCAGUGGAAAACCGAACAAUUGUGGUCACUACUAUUAUGGAAGCACCAUAUGUGAUGUACAAGAAAAACCACAUGCAUCUGGAAGGCAAUGACAAGUAUGAAGGCUACUGUGUCGAUUUAGCUUCCGAGAUUGCAAAACAUGUUGGGAUUAAAUACAGACUGUCCAUAGUCAUGGAUGGAAAAUAUGGUGCCCGCGACCCUGAAACCAAGACUUGGAACGGGAUGGUGGGUGAACUAGUCUAUGGGAGAGCAGAUAUAGCCGUCGCACCAUUAACGAUCACGCUUGUGCGAGAGGAAGUCAUUGACUUUUCUAAGCCCUUCAUGAGUUUGGGCAUCUCCAUUAUGAUCAAGAAACCUCAGAAGUCCAAACCGGGUGUGUUCUCAUUCCUGGACCCUCUGGCAUAUGAGAUCUGGAUGUGUAUCGUAUUCGCAUACAUCGGCGUCAGCGUGGUGCUGUUCCUCGUGAGCCGCUUCAGCCCCUACGAGUGGCACCUGGAUGAGACUGAUGAAGCCAAAGACCCCCAGACCUCUCCAGACCCGCCUAAUGACUUUGGGAUUUUUAACAGCCUGUGGUUCUCUCUAGGGGCCUUCAUGCAGCAGGGCUGUGAUAUCUCACCAAGGUCCUUAUCGGGCAGAAUAGUGGGAGGCGUCUGGUGGUUCUUCACCCUCAUCAUAAUCUCGUCCUACACGGCUAACCUGGCUGCUUUCCUCACAGUAGAGAGGAUGGUCUCUCCCAUAGAGAGCGCUGAAGAUCUAGCCAAACAAACAGAGAUCGCAUACGGAACCUUGGACUCAGGGUCAACCAAAGAGUUCUUUAGGCGUUCCAAAAUAGCAGUGUAUGAAAAAAUGUGGUCAUACAUGAAAUCGGCCGAGCCCUCCGUCUUCGCCAAGACCACGCCCGACGGGGUGGCACGGGUACGAAAGUCGAAGGGCAAAUUCGCCUUUCUUCUCGAAUCCACCAUGAACGAAUACAUUGAGCAGAGGAAGCCCUGCGACACCAUGAAAGUGGGCGGCAAUCUGGACUCUAAGGGCUAUGGUGUGGCCACCCCCAAAGGCUCAGCAUUAAGAAAUGCUGUUAACCUGGCAGUUUUAAAACUGAAUGAGCAAGGCCUGUUGGACAAAUUGAAAAACAAAUGGUGGUACGACAAGGGAGAGUGCGGCAGCGGGGGAGGUGACUCCAAGGACAAGACAAGUGCACUGAGCCUGAGCAAUGUUGCUGGCGUCUUCUAUAUUCUGGUGGGUGGACUAGGGCUGGCCAUGAUGGUGGCUUUGAUAGAGUUCUGUUACAAAUCACGUGCAGAAGCCAAACGGUUGAAACUUGAAAAGAACACCCAAAACUAUAAGCCAGCCCCACCAGCCAACACCCAAAACUUCGCCACGUACCGAGAAGGCUACAACGUGUACGGAACAGAGAGCGUAAAGAUCUAAUGGACGGCAGUCUGACAGCGUGGUGUGACACCUCACAGAGGCGGCUGGAUCUUCAGGAGGGAUCGCCCCCCUCUCUCCAUACACAUCAGCUCCAGCCGACACAGCACGCUCCUGCACGGACCGGCGCAAGAAUUGGAACCGAUUUCUUCAGUGCCUUAUGGAAUAUUCAGAGUAUCACACUGAUGCAAAUUCACGGCUGAAGCAUUGCAUCACUCCAAUCACUCAACCCACAGAAUGCCAUCAUCAUCAUCAUCCCUGUGAAAUAAAAAAAACUCCAUGGACAGCGAGAAAUAAAGCCAUCACUUGCGAUCUUAGCACACCGAAUGAGCCAAUCUGACUCGAGACGUCUUCUCUGGACUUUGUGGAACCCGGAGUUCGAGCAAACGCUUGUAAUACUGUAAAUUUGCUUUCACACUUGUUCAAUCAGUGUAUUCAUUGAUCAGAUCAUGAACUGGUUCAAUUCCAGAUCAGGAUCUGUGAGUCGGUCGGAUAUGUUGCAGCAUAUCACGUGCUUUUCUUUUGUCUGAUCUAUAUUUCUCAGAAGUUCAGCUGGAAGUUCAGAAGCUAUAGCUAAACCCCAUUUGACAUUCAAUAAUGGUGUUCUCACACGCGAGUUUUACAAAACCAAAAAUCGCCACACGACUUCAUUCACACACACAUGUGCUUACAGACACAACCUUUUGUAGUUAUCACAGCAUACUGUACAAGAAACUGAAGCUAUAAUUAAUGUAGAUAAACUGCAACUCACAAAAGGACAUGGCUUUUACAAUGUGGUAUUUGAUUACCUCACGUUUUUCCAAAUAUAAUUCGCACAUAAAAUCAAGCUUUUAUUUGACGAGCAUUAUUAGUGUUUGGUGAAUUAUUUAGCAAACGAGACUAGGAUUAAUAACAUUUACAGUAGAUUUAUAAAAGGAGCUAACGGGAAACUAGCACAUUUACAGUGACAUUUUUGUGUUGGAGAGAAAACCAACUGUGACUCCACGGGACCGAGGAUGCGGCCCAUCCUGUGACCAUGGACAGAUCGUUUUAUAACGAAAAGCUUUUAAAAGACUACAGUGUGGAACACAAAUCUGUACAUUUCUAGUGAAGGAUUCCCAAGCGAGUGACUGAAUUCCCAAAUUUUCUAUCUGCAUGUGAAAACUUGUGAUUGUCAUGUCAAGCCCCACGACUUCCAUUAGAUUCUAGAGGGUCGGUAGAAAGUGGGGUUCAGCUUUCAUAUUUCGACCUGUUCCUGACCUGUGAAACAGCACUUCAGCCCAGAGGACGUGACCCAGAGACGUGCAUGCAUGACUGUUGUUCCCCGAGCCCUGAUAGUGAGGCCUUGUACAAGGAAUUUUAAUACAUUUUGUAAAUAAAAAAGAAAAAAAAAACUGAAUGGAAGAAUGUGUGGGGGCUUUUUAAUGCACACAAUGAAUCUGUGAUCCGCAAAGCAUGAGUGUUGAGAUAACUUUGUGGAAUACAAAGAAACCACUGAAUUUAUAAAGAAUGACACUCUGUACCUGCACAAAACUUUUACUACUUAAAGACGAAGGAGGUAUAAAAUGUUAUAAUUUAUGUAUAGAUGGAGUCAAGAUGGACAGACAGGCAGAGAGAGACAAGACAGAGACAGACAGACAGAGAGAGAGAGAGAGAGAGAGAGAGAGAGAGAGACAGACGGACAUGACAAACAGACAGACAGAAAAAUAGACAGACAGACGGACAUACAGACAAAUAGAUAGAUGGACAGACAGACAAAUAUACAGACAGACAGACAGGCAGAGACGAAUAGACAGACAGACAGACAAAUAGAUAGACAGACAGACAGACAGACACAGACGGAGAGACAAACAGAAAAAAUAGAUAGACAGACAGACAUACAAAUAGACAGACAGACGGACAAAUAAAUAGACGGACAGACAGAGACAGACAAAUAGAUAGAGGAUGACACUCUGUACCUCCACAAAACUUUUACUUCUUAAAGUCAAAGGAGGUAUAAAAUGUUAUAAUUUAUGUAUAGAUGGAGUCACCAGCAAAUGAAUUCACUUUCUCCUCCAUGAAGGAAAUGUUUUGUUGCACACAAGAUAGACAGACAGACAGACAGACAGACAGAGAGAGAGAGAGAGAGAGAGAGAGAGAGAGAGAGAAAUAGAACGACAGACAGACAGAGAGAGAGACAGACAGACACAGACGGAGAGACGGACAGACAAAUAGAUAGACCGACAUACAGACAGACAAAUAGACAGACUGACAGACGGACAGAAAAAUAGAUAGACGGACAGACAGAAAAAUAGACAGACAGAAAAACAGACAGACAGACGACAAAGACAAAUAGACAGACAAAUAGACAGAUAGACAGACAAAUAGACAGAUAGACGGACAGAUAGACAAAUAGACAAAUAGACAGACAGACGGACAGACAGAAAAAUAGACAGACAGACACAGACAGAGAGACGUACAGACAAAUAGAUAGACAGACAGACAGACAGACAGAGAGACAGACAGACAAAUAGAUAGACAGACAGAUAGAUAGAGACAGAUGGAUGGACGGAAAAAUAGAUAGAGACAGACAGACAAAUAGAUACACAGACAGACAGACGGAGAGAGAGAGACAGAAAGAUAGAGACAGUUAGACGGAGAGAGAGAGACAGACAGACAGAGACAGACGGAGAGACGGACAGACAAAUAGACCGAAAGACAAAUAGAUAGACGGGCAGACAGAUAGAUAAAGACAGACAGACGGACAAAUAGAUAGAGACAGACGGACGGACGGACAGACAAAUAGAUAGACAGAUAGAUAGACAGAGGGACAGACAGAAAAAAGACAGACAGACACAGACGGAGAGAUGGACAGACAAAUAGAUAGACAGACAGAUAGAGACAGACGGACAGACGGAAAAAUAGAUAGAGACAGACAGACAAAUAGAUAGAGACAGACAGACAGACAAAUAGAUAGAGACAGACAGACGGAGAGAGAGAGACAGAAAGAUAGAGACAGUUAGAUGGAGAGAGAGAGACAGACAGACAGACAGACAGAGACAGACGGAGAGACGGAAGACAAAUAGACAGACAAAUAGACAGACGGACAGACAGACAAAUAGACAGACAGACAGACGGACAGAAAAAUAGACAGACAAAUGGAGAGAUAGAAAAAUAGACAGACAGACAGACAAAUUGAUAGACGGACAGACAGACAGACAAAUAGUCAAGACAAAUAGACAGAUAGACAUACAAAUAGACCGAAAGACAGAUAGACGGACAGACAGAUAGAUAAAGACAGACGGAUGGACAAAUAGAUAGAGACAGAUGGACGGACGGACAAAUAAGACAGAUAGAUAGACAGAUAGAUAGACAGACAAAUAGAUUGACAGACAGAUAGAGAGACAGACAGAGAGAUAAGAGUUCGAAAACUUUUAAAUCCAAAGGCUUUUAGCAUUGAAGACACUCAGAACAGCACAGCCUCACAUUUGUUGCCUAAAUGAAAUUGUUACUAUUCAAAAUUAAAGGCAUAGUUCACCCAAAAAUGUUUAUCUGCCCCCCCACCGGUUAGCCAAGAUGUAGGUGAAUUUUUUUUGCAGUAGAACACAAACAGAGAUUUUUAACUCAAACCGUUGUAGUCUGUCAAUCUUAUAAUUGAGGUGGAUGGGAAUCACGGCUUUGAGAGUCAAAAAAAAAAAAAAAUACACAAACAAAA